AUGAUUUCCACCAUCUUUGGCUUCCUCAACCAGAGGUCGGAUAAACAGGCUGAUAAUGACGUCCGCGAUGAGUGGCUCUCGAACCUGCUCAAGGAAGCCGACCAGAGCCCUGACAACCUGCAGCCGGUGUUGCGGGAAUUCCAACUGCUCAUCGAAUCCAACCCACGUAUCUAUAUGCUCUUCCAAUCCAUGUUUCAACAGGCUCACGAAAACGCUCCCGUCCGGAACCGUAGACAUGAAGUCCAAGACUAUCAGCAAAUGCUACGAGUCCUCAACCACGUCAUUACCCAUGCACCUCCUUGCAUUAGCAAGCUUGCCGGUGUCCCCAUGCUUGGGGUAUUUCAAUAUGCUCUCCCUACGGUCAGUGGCUAUGCUGCUUUCAUCGAUCCUGAGGUCAACUCCAUGCUCAAAAAGGUGCUGGAUGUGUGGGGCGAGUUUCUCUCAUCAUCUGAAUCAGUAUCCGUCCUCACUACGUCGUCAACGGGAUGGUUUAGAACCGAAGCCAUUCGCAAACUGACCUCCACGGCCAAUGUCGGCGGAACCACGUACGCGUUUGACGAGCUUUACAUCUGCGAUCCCAAUGCCCCACACUACGGCUUCCCGUCUUGGGAUGCGUUCUUCACCCGCACGUUCCGAGAGAACAUUCGGCCCGUCGCCUCGCCAGAGGAUGAUACUGUUAUUGCCAACGCAUGCGAGUCUCGGCCCUUCACUCUGGGCAGGAAUGUGAAAGCACGGGAUAACUUUUGGAUCAAGGGGCAGACUUACUCCCUAGUUGAUAUGCUCGGGGCUGGUUUUCCAGACUCAUUCAUCGGUGGGACUAUCUACCAAGGCUAUCUGGACUCCUUCAGUUAUCACCGGUGGCAUGCUCCUGUCUCAGGGAAGGUUGUGAAGACGUACACGAUUGAUGGCACUUAUUUGUCGACUGUGGGAGCCAUGCACAGAGAUGAUCCACAUGCCAACGAAGGGAGUCAAAUUGACUAUCAGGUAUAUCUGUCGGCGGUGGCGACACGAGCCGUAAUCCUGAUUCAGACGGACAACCCGGACAUUGGCUUGGUAGGCUUCCUGGGGAUCGGUAUGGUUGAGAUAUCAACGUGUGAGAUUACUGUGAAAGAGGGGGAGUAUGUCAAAAAGGGGGAUCAGAUUGGAAUGUUUCAUUAUGGAGGUUCGUCCCACUGUGUGAUCUUCCAGAAGGGGGUGAAUGUUACGGGCUUCCCGGAAAUUGGAAGGAAGGAGAACGUGCCUGUUCGGGGCAAAUUGGCUGUUGUGACGCCAUAGAGGCAUGCAGAUGCCCGUCCUUGAUAAAAAGCAAUGAGCAUGUGUAUGGUUGUGCAUGGGUAAGUCAAUAUAGGUCCAUGUCAGUCUAAAGCGAAAGAGAUUUCUCAGGAUUGCCGCAACAUUAACCAAUAACAACUUGAUACGCGGUAGAUAUACCCCAGAUGCAUACACGUCGCCUGCAAGGACAGGCAAUCGCCACUGAAUGGGGGCGAAGAUUAUUCACUCUUCGCGAUCU